AUAUAUAUAUAUAUAUACACGGAUAUAUACACUAUAUUGCCAAAAUAUUGUGACACCCCUCCAAAUCAUUGGAUUCAGGUGUUCCAAUCACCUCCAUGGCCACAGGUGUAUGAAAUCAAGCACCUAGGCAUGCAGAUUGCUUCUACAAACAUUUGUGAAAGAAUGGGUUACUCUCAGGAGCUCAGUGUAUUCAAGCGUGGUACCAUGAUAGGUUGCGACCUGUGCAAUAAGUCCAUCCGUGAAAUUUCCUUGCUACUAAAUAUUCCACUGCCAACUGUUAGUGGUAUUAUAACAAAGUGGAAGCAACUGGGAACAACAGCAACUCAGCCACAAAGUGGUAGGCCAUGUAAAAUGACAGAAUGGGGUCUG